CAAACAGUUCAAUAUUGUAGGUGCCUUUCAAAUAGAAACACCAGUUUGGCUUACAUAUUUGUUUUAUUAUAAAUAUAUUUUGAUCCAACAAAUAAAAACAUUUUGGUUUUGAAUUUUUCAACCUUUUUAGUAAAAUGAUUUUUUUAAAAGAAUUUCUGCUUCUAUUUUUCGUAACCUUCACCCUAGUACAAGGACGAUGGCCAUGGAAAGUAAAAUCACAUUAUGGUGUAGAAUCACAUGAGUUCGGUACAAUCAAGAACUACACAGAAGGCAUGGAUUCACAGAUGGUACCUUAUUUUGUGAUAAACUGCAUAGAAGAAGUGGAGAAACGUGGAUUGAAAGAAGAAGGUUUGUACUUUCUCAGCGGCAAAAAAAAUAUAAUAAAGAAUGUGCUUAAAUCAAAUAAAAAUAAGGAGAAGGCAGAUUUAUCGAAAAUUGAAAACAUUCAUGACAUUACCGGAGCACUUAAAUUGUUCAUACGAUCAAUGGAAGGGCGACUAAUUAAUAAAAAAUUGUGGGUAAAACUUCUAGAUACUUGUGGAAUGGAUAUAGGCUGUAGAGAACCAGAACUGAAAAAUAAUAUAUUGGAAUUUUCAAAACCAAUACGCCAAACUCUCGCUUUUAUAAUUAAACAUUUGCAAUUGGUAUCUCAAAUACCAGAAAAUAAAAUGUUCAUAGAGAGCUUGGCUCUAGCUUUUAGUAGAACUUUAUUCAGUGAUAUUGGCAUGAAGAAAAAUGUAAUACGAAUGCUUACUCCUUCAAGAAUCUUUAUCAUUAAAAGAUUAUUAGAAUUACCAUCCGAAUUCUGGCAGGCGAUUAUUUCUAAUGAUUAUGAUGUAGUUUCACCGCAGUAGAUGAAUGUUUUAGCAAAAGCUGAAAAAAUUCACUUUGCAUCCACUAUUAAGUGUCAGGAUACAAAAAUUUAUAAAGAUUUUAUUCUUAUCAAUAAAGAAUUAAAAUCAUA